CUCUCUCGUGACAGCAACCCCUCACAGAGAUGCUGUCGUCCACCCGCAACCCAUACCCCUCGGUGGUGUUCGUCCUCGGCGGACCGGGUGCUGGCAAGGGCACGCAGUGUGCGCGUAUUGUCAAGGAGUUUGGUCUGACGCAUCUGUCUGUGGGAGCGCUACUGAGGGCGGAGAGAGACUCGGGAGCAGAGCAUUCGGACAUGAUUGCGGCUAUGAUUCGCAACGGCGAGUUUGUGCCAAAGGAGCUCACGGUGGCCCUGCUGCAGCAAAAGAUGGAAGAAGAGCCAAACAAGCGCGGCUACCUCAUUCAGGGCUUCCCUCGUGCCUUGGAUCAGGCGCAUUACUUUGAAGAGCAGAUCGCCGCAUGCAAGUUCAUUCUCUACAUUGACUGCCCCGAGAACAUCAUGGAGAAGCGCUUGCUGGCUCGCGGGAAGACGUCGGGCCGUGUGGACGACUCGCUUGAGAUCAUCCGCAAGCGCAUCCGCAAGUUCAAGGAGGAGACGCUCCCGGUCAUCUCAUACUACUCGGAGCUGGGCAAGGUCAAGCAGGUGGCGGGCUCGGGCUCGGUCGACGAGGUCUACGCCGAGCUCCGCCCGCACUUUGUCACCGCCCCGCCCGACGUCGAGGACAUCUCGAAAAUGCAGUCCAUCCUCGACAUGGACCCCAUCUACACCGCAGAGCAGAUCGUCAUUCCGCCUGCGCUCCCGGACGUUCUCAAGGAAUGGUCCAAGCACGUCAUCCGCGCCCAGCCUGGCGACCUCCUCCAGUUUUCCGCAGACUACUUUGCCCGCCUUGCCGACGAGACUCCGCUCAUCCUCUCUGUCGACCAGCUCAAGGCUCUCCAGCGGACACUCUCCACUUCGCUUGACGACGUCGUCUCGCGCGCAGACAUCAAGCGCGCCUGCAACUCGGUCGACAUCGAGUCGUCGGUCGUCGAGCACGUCUUCCGCCUCAAGGGCAUGGGCGUCCAGGUCGACUGGCCCGCCUUUGUUGUCUUUGCCACCACCCUCAUCGCCGAGGACCUCAACCACGCCGUCAACAUGCUCUUUGCCAUCUUUGGAGCUGACUCGGACUCGCUCCUCGACAUCCAGAUCUUCCUGCACCUCUUCUCCUUCCUCGCCUCGCAGGACGAGCUCGAGCUCUCGUACGUCGAUGCCCUCUCCGAUGCCCUCCGCUCAAAGGCGGCCGCAAACGGUGACGGCCUCAUCUCCUUCGACGACUACCUUGAGGCCUCGGUCUCCCAGGCCCAAGCCCAGGCCCGCGUGGAUGCCUGAGGUAAAACCGAACUCACCCCGCUCUUCCACGCACACACGCACACGUACACACACACGGACACGCAACCAAACACGCAAACACGCUCUUACUCACCACCAGGCUCUUUUAACAACAACCGC